AUGGCUGAAGAACCGGCACUCCUGCGGAUUCCCCCAGAGAUUCGCAUGUUGAUAUACGACUAUCUUCUCGACAAUGGCGGGACGAAGGACAUUUCAAUCCGCAACCAGUCGAGGUCCGAGUAUGAAGCGCUCCGUUCGAGAACGAAACGUUCAGUGUACAACAUAAUGGAGCGAAGUAUCGCAAAGAAGUCGUACGAAACCACGUAUUGCGCCGAGCCCGAACCACGCCGAUCGAUGGACGUAGCUAUCAUGCACAUCAAUCGCAAGAUUCGAGAGGAAGCGUCCCACUUCUUGUACACAAAACAUGCCUUCCACUUUGGAGAUGAUCUUGAGGCUGUAGUGCCGUUCUUCGCCGACAAGACGCCACGCACUAGAGACCUAGUUCGCGAGAUCAGCCUUUACAAGCGCAGUCCAACAAAUGCCAUUGAGCCAGAUUCUUGCGACUGGUCCUCAGUUUGUCGUUCGCUGCGAAAUCUGCAGAGCUUGGACAGAUUGACGCUUGUCAUUGAAGGCGCUCGGCCACGAGGAUCAUGGGACGGCCCGCAGAGCUUGACGGUGUCAGAUUUUCGGUUAUUAUAUUCGACUCGUCAUGAGAGUUUGGGAUGGGCGCGGGAGCUGGCCUCAAUUGGGACAAUCAGAGAGGUGGUGAUCGUUGCAGACAUUCACAACCUGCCAAAUCCCGAGUCGAACAUGAUGCUGGUCCUUGCUGCAUUUUCUUCGUCGAUCGAAACAUCGUUGGUGGACUUCCUCCGUGAUGAUUUGGGUAUUCCAGCCCGUAUGGGACAACCACAAUAUUGUGGUGUGGGUGUUUUUGGUCGAUCCAAGAAAUGCCAACGCAAUGGAUGUUUACCAAGUUGA